AUGCCAGCCAGUCGAAUUAGCCCCCUUCGUCCCUCCAUCCGCCUCUCGCCCGCCCAUUCUCGAGAAAAUUCGCGUUCCACCUCGCCCGCCCACCCGGAGUCGAUAUAUCAGAAAAUCGAUCCCUUGCUAGCAAACCUCUCCCCGGAAUCGACUCUCAAUGCCCUCACCUCGACAGAAGCUGUACCUUCGAAUGAGAAGUUCUCCCGUGAUGUCCUUUCUCAGAGUAUCUCCCAGGUGUCGCCGGCCGAACGCGCCUUGGGGAUACGCGCCGCGGUAGCCGCCCAGAACCUGAACAUCUGGUAUAAGGAGGUUCAGACCUGGACGUGGCCGAAGCAUGCUGAUGCCAAAGAAGGGAAGGGAUUCGUGCCACCGGUGGAGAUUCAGCGGGGGGAAAACGGUUCAGCGUCAGCUGCUUCGACCUCCCUGAUUCCCCCUGGCACCAGUGAUAUCGCGUACUAUGGAUGUCUGCCUUCGACAAUAGUGGAACAAUAUGAACAAAGGAUAGAGGAAAUACGCGACGGAAUGGACAAUUUAAACGUGGAGGAACUCAAAGAGCACGUUUUAAGUGCCCACAUUCCAUCCCGGUCUCGCCCUUCCUCCUCGACGAGCACCGUGUCCGUGCCUCCGCCACUCAGCUAUGUGCAACUUAGUGAUUUCACAGCUGUCGUGACUGCUACAAUUCUACGCGCAUUGCCCUUUCUUUCUCGCCUCAAUCACCUUUUGACCACCUGGGAUGUCCGACUUCUCGUCCUUCGCCAGAUUCCGGGUCUCCUCCGCGAACUCAAAUCCACUCGAUCCGCCCUAAAUACCUCCUUUCACGCGUUACGAACCUCCGACCAUUCCGAGAACAGCGAUUCAUUUCUAUCCAGCUCACAAUUACGCGUCGACCAUGCUCAGCUCGAAUCCGCGGUUGUCUCUGUGGGCAGGCGGAUGGACCGAGUCCUGGACGCGUUGGAAGGUCGACAGGACUCCCUGCCUGAGAGCUGGAUCGAUGACCUCGAAGGAAUUGAGUCAGAUUUCGCUGCCUGGGUAGUCGAAGUCGAUAAAUAUAAGCUUCGCACUGAGUGGCUACGUGCCAAGGAACAACACGAGAGAGAGACCAAGACAUCCGAAAUCGCCGCGCCUCCCGUUGAAGAAAAGGUUGAUACGACACCAACUGAAACACAAUUGGAUGAAGCUUUGGUAGAAUGCCUCGAGCCAGAGUCAACACAGGAAUGUCUUCAGAUGGAGACUAUUGAAGAGGAGCCCAAGAUUGAACCCGAUCUCUCGUCAGAGAGUAAUGCCGACGAACAGGAAACAUCCCAGUUGACACAAGAUUCAGGAUUGUCUUCCGCAGAGAGCGAUUCUACCCUCCCACCUCUCUCUGAGCCUGACACGCCGUCUACCAUUCAUACCCACGAUGAGCCCAAGCAUGUGCCCCAGAUUGUGUCCUCUGGUUGUGCGAAUGAGGAUGCGAAUACUCCAACUCCAACGCAAUCCGUGUUUCCACCUCUUCCAUCCAUAGAAUCCGAAGAGGAUAUCUCUCCCACUCAAGUUCCACUCCCAGUGACACCCAGCGUCGAAAAUAAAGAGAAUAUUCCACCCUUCGGCUUUAUACAACGAUCAGCACCGCCAUCUCGGGAAUCAUCCGCCAAGCCCGCUGCACUCUCAGAGCGCGAUACGGCCGAUGACCCUUUCAUACAGAGACCCGCCUCGUCCAAGAAGAGUGAUUCUGUGGCUGCACCGGAUAUCCUUGUUUCUGACGAUGCUCCCCCCAGAGACAACGCCGACGCGACCAAGGAUGAGAAGGAUGCCCAGUCAACCGAAACGGCUGAUAUUGCCCUCCCAUCUGUCCAAACUGCUGUGACUGUCCAGCCCGAGCACCCCGAGCACCCCGAGCAGCCCGUUACUACAGGUACUCCGGAUAGGCGAUCGAAGGAGGAACUGUCCCCCGCCCUUUCGAUGGAAAAGCCCAGAGUUCACUGUGCUCCAGUGUGCAGCUCUCCAAAGACAACACCAACGCGCAUUCCAGUGUCGAAAAUGCUGCACAAGCCUCUCCCACAGCAACCUCAAAGACAGGUCCCAAUCAAUUCUAUCGAAGACCCACUCAACACCGCCCCGAAGCCCUCGCAGCACACGCCACAGAAACAAGCGCCGUCCAAGAAGCCGUUGCAGAGCCCAAUCAAGCUUUCCAAGAUACGACCCGCCAAGCUCGAUCUAGACAAAGCCGCCCCAAAGCCGCGUUAUCGCCGACCAUCUACAGGAUCCGUCGGCUCUCUCCCUUCGAACAACUCCUCCCUGAUCUCUAGCCCCGACGCCCUUGAUCCUAAUACCGACUCGUCCAAGGAUGGUCCCCUUCUGACCCCUCCUCUCUCCGACUUCCCCCAGCCUCCCUCUUUCCCACCUCGGGGUGAUCAUGCGUUGCGAGCCGAUCGUCUGCGUCACCUCGAGAACCGCAAGGUGUCUCCUCGGACUACAUUUAAAGACAACCGGUCGCUUAGUCUGCCGCUUGAGCGAUUUAUCAAUGAAAAGAUGGACCUUCAAAUGGACCGCGACCCGGUCUCGUCCCCUGCCGGUCGACUGCCGUUGAAGAAAACAUCGAUUCCCCGAGAUCUGCCGGAUCCCUCUACCUUUCCCAUUCCACAGGUGCCCGCUAGAUCAUCUAGCCGACGCCCUGCUCUGACGCGCGGGAAAUCCGCUUCUGAUCUCAAAUCCAGUAGUCAAGCCCAGAAGGAAGCGCAGAAGGAAGCUCAGCGCAGUGUACGAACUUCUUCAAAAAGUUCUUCAUUACGGACCAUCUUCAACCAGGAUCAACCAAAGUCUCUCCGCUUGCGCCAGCGCUUGACAGCUCAUCCCAGCCUGGAAAGUUUAGGCAUGAGACGGCAAGAACUUGACUACGUCGAGGAGGAUGUAUCGGAGCCGACAGAUGUUGGCUCUCGAGCAUCGUCACCGAACAGGCCACGGAGGAAACCUAGAGAUCGCCUCGACGAGAAGGUAAACUCGAUUUUGAACACGCUUCCUGGGCGGAUCAACCUCGUCGAUCCUAACAAUGAAGCCGACACAUCUUCGUCAUCGUCUUCAUUGGACCGGAAAAUGCGAGACAGAUUCCUCUCGGAAUCACCACCUGGGGCUCCAUCUCGGAGUGCCACCCCAGCGCCUUCCUUUUCGCUCAUGCCUGCUACCAGAAGGCGCUCACAAGUGUUCAAAUCGGAAGAUAGCUGUGUCAGGCUCUAUCACCUGCAACAUGCCGGACAGACAGCACCCACAAAGCUGUUCGUACGUACUGUUGGAGAGGAGAAUCAGCGUGUCAUGGUCCGUGUUGGUGGUGGCUGGGCUGAUCUGGGCGAAUAUCUUCGCGAAUAUGUCAUCCACCACGGCCGCCGAAAGGUUUCCGAAACACCCCGUGUCGAAGUGCAAGGCUUGACAGCUCGUUCCUCGCCUGGUUACUCCACCCCGAGCACCAUGCUGACCCCAGCCGCACCGGCCUACAUGGCCUCCGGCCGAGCGACCCCAUCUCGACCUCCGUCCGUCAUGAGUGCCCGACCCGCCUCGUCGCUCAAUGUUCGCAAGGUACGACGGGGAUCCAAUGCAUCGGAUGCAGUCGGCACAAGGUCCGUGACUACAAGUGCCUUAGCAUCAUUUACCUCGCCCCCAUCUGCCUCUACAGGCAGGCGUCGUCUCUCUGUCUCUUCGAACUACUCAUUUGGCGAUGUGCACUCCCACUCUCCUGGAAAUACCAACUCUCUGGCGCCAGAUUCCCACUCUACCCCGCUCGGUCUUGCCGGUCCCAAACCUCGGGCGCGACAUGUCUCAAUGAGCCCUGAGGGUGAAGCCUGGGUUGAAGACGUUCUACAGAAAACCCGCCUCUCCAGCUCUAUCAACCCUCCCCCUUUCCCGCUGGGCGUUAACCCCAACCCUGAACCUGCCGAGCAUCACGAUAUCAGUGACACGGCUUCUAUCCGCUCUUUGCCCAAGGUCCGCAGUGUUAGUGACAUGGGUUCUGUCGGUACGAGCAGACGCGUCGUGCUGAAGGGUCUGGGCAAUCGCAGAUAA